CUGAGGGCCCGUUGGCUUUCAACCUUAUUGUUGCUGCUAUGUGGGGCUCCACGAUUCGAGAAUGGGACGUACUAGGACUAGGUUAUCGUAUUGAGUUUGCGACUGGCUCGACUAGCUGUGUUUCGAUUAUUAAUCACUUCCUUUGGGCGGACAGCUGUUAUGUACUGGCUCGGAGUCGGGAGGAACUCACGCGCAUGUUAUAAGGUCUAACUACACAGUUACAUGACUAUGUCAUGAAAUGGAAAGAGUCCAGCCUAUUGUACAUGGUGUUCGGGGUUGAUCCUCCGCGAGAUGCGGAAGGGGAAAUACUACGCACUGCUGAUCUUGUUCUCUCGAUGGGGUCGGAGGAGUCGGGAGUGUAUCGAUUUAGAAGGGCGACGGAGAUGGAGGUGCUUGGGGCUCAUAUUUGUUCUGAACUACAUGUGAAUGAACAUCCAGAUUUGGACGCUAGUAUUGACUCUGCUCGCAGGGCUUUCUGGGGGCAGGCGACCUUCUUCCGCUCCGCGGCCAUCCCGUUGAAAGAUAAAUAUGAGAGGUAUGCACAGAGGGUUCAGAGUAUUGUGCUCUACGCGGCGGAAGGAUGUUCGGUCGAUUCUAGUUCAUUGAGUGCCCUUCAUAUCUUUGAGGGUAAGCGCCUGGCUGUAAUGUCUCGUUGUAUACGGAGGGAAGGGGAAAGUUAUCAGGAAUGGAAUACGAGGAGGUAUGAACGUGCGAGACAAACAAUUCAUGAUGCACACUAUGCGGGUAUUGUGCAGAAGUUUCUCAGAGUGCACUGGCUGUGGGCAAUCGACAUUCAUGAUUUUGCCCAUAGGUUGAUCACAGAUCGGGAGGCGCUGGAGGCAAACUCGACGAGAGCUUGGAGAGAUUCUCGUUUCUCGUGCCUGGCGUUUGGCCGGCUGUGGGAUCGAAUGAGGACAGAUUCAAGCGAGGCUCUCAGAUGUUGGGGGAAUUGGAAGGAGGCCAGCUCAAUGAAACGACAUCGGGGGGGACAGGAGAGUGUAGGACUUCGUCCGUGGUACUAUUCAUUGGAAUCGUUUUAUGGUUUAUCCUGGUGGGAGUUCUUUGCUGGAAGUUUUGAACAUUUCAUGGAUUUCGCUGCGCAUGUUUGUUCCAGUACUAUGUUGAAGUAUUUCCAAAAGAAGUGCAAAGGUUUGGCGUCCUCAGGGGUGCCUGUGUUCUUGAACUUGGAUGAGGAUGGAGGGGUUCAUAUUGGUCAGGAUCGGGAGGAUACACCAGCAUAUAGGGAUCGUCUCAGCAAACGUAUUGCGUUGCAUAACAUGCGUUGUACACAGUGGGGCCUCGAUACGGAUGGGAUACCACUGGAUAUCCAGGGGGACUCACUGCUUGUAAUUAACUGGCUCUGCGGGAAAUGGAAAGUAUUAGCUCAGGCAUAUCAGAAAAGGGUGGAUACUCUGAUUAAUAAGUUGGACGAUAUGCAGGAAACAUACUCGGUGAGGCCUCCAGAGGCUGGCCGUGACUUCUUCUCUCAUUCUUUUCGGGAAUGGAACCAGAGAGCUGACUUACUGACCCAUCAGGCCCGUCAGGGCCACGUGUACGCCGAUUUCGUUUACCUCAGCGAUUUUGAAUCUCAGUGUUAUACUCCUUGCCUUAUCAAAGCCAACUUUGAUGGGGGCGUUUGUAGCCGCGGAAGUGCCUGUGGUGUGUGGAUACAGAUUGGUCUGCGAAACAAAUAUAUCUUCUCGCGGACCGACAUCAUUUUCAAGGAUGUGUAUCUCGCGGCUUGGUGUCUGCCACCAAGCGCCACUGUUGCAGAUACGGAACUAUCAGCGGCGGAGCGCAUAUGCGAUGUGCUCCCACAGGUAGUGCAGACCUUCUUUGAUCAUUCGCAGUGAUAUGCCACACAUUGUUUCUUCUUUAUCUGUGUUCUUGUUUAUUCCAACAGCUUCGCUGUUCACUGACUCAUUCGUUUGUCUUUGUGUGCUUUGCGUUUGAUUGUGUCAUUGCGGCAUGUGAUUCUCUUUAUUCCUUCAGCUUCGCUGUGUGGUAUAAGAGCUGACUGCUUGCGUGAUAAAUAAGAGGCUCUGUUUCGCCUGAUACUUUGUUGGACCUGGCCUUAGUGGCCAAGACGGUCCCAGCAAAGACGCAAAAAACCAAGGUUGACGGUUUACCGCCGGCGCCCAGUUCUCCACUGAACUCGAGCUGCAGAGCAGCUCCUCGAGAGCUCUUCGGCCGAAAAAUCAGAAGGACAUCGUGAGGCGCGAAGCAUCUAGACGCUUGAUUUUGGUCGCGCAGACGCCAAACACGAAUUGCUAUUCUGUACCUCGUAGAGCUCUUCGGCAUCGAUGAGCUAGAGGAAUUCCGGCGCGGGGUGGAGCUAGUUGGUCGACCCGGCCAGAAAGGACAAAGUGGUAACUUGUGG